GUGAAAUCUCCAUGGCAACGUGGAGAAAACUGUUCUUGCUACCCGGAGCUGCGCAGACCGAGCGGCCUAUGACACCCAAGUACCGCGAGAGCAAUUGGACAGGACAGCUUUCGAAUCACUCUCGCGGUACGUUCACGUCAUAUGCUGAUCACUCAGCGAAGUCGUUCACACCUAGAGUUGCAAAAGUUAAAUGGCGAGCGAUUUAGUCCGAGCAUUAAAGACAAAGGCGAAAUCGCUCAGUUUGAGCUCCAGAAAAAUGACUUAUCUGACAAAGGAUUAUGCAAAGUUAACAUGGAUUACAACACUGAAGUUAAAUAAUAAUUAUCUGUCGGAUUUGCCAUCUGAACUGCAGUGUUUAGAACAGUUGACAGAACUCAAUCUGGGCAAUAAUGUUUUUGAUGAGGUGCCAUCUGUGUUAGCACAUCUGUGUCAUCUGAAAAAACUUUAUUUAUAUGGGAACAAAAUCAAGCAUUUGCAACCACAGAUUCUGGAAGGGCUCCCAAACCUUGUGCUUCUCAAUCUAAACCACAAUAGAAUAAAAGUCAUUCCUCCAGAAAUUCAUAGGCUUGGUAGACUAGAAAGCAUGAGUAUCACAGACAAUCAUUUGGAGCAGAUUCCAGCUGAAUUGGGUCUGAUAAAAAGUCUGACAGAGGUUAAUUUUACUAAUAAUAAACUGACUCGGAUACCACAGCAGUUGUACAGUUUAUCACAACUAAGGAAGUUGUACUUGGCCCGAAACAACCUGACUGAACUUCCGGAGGGGAUUCUUAGUUGGAGAAAUCUGAAGACCUUAGAUGUUGCUGGAAAUCAUUUAUCUGUGUUUCCAGUGGGUUUCCAGUUUCUCACAUUGGAAGAAUUGUUCUGUGAAGGAAACAAUUUAGUUUCAUUUAAACCGAUGGAGUCCAUUCAAGAGAAAGAAAUUCUUUCAUUAAAGGAACUCUCUGCCAGGAUGAUUCUCAGGGACAGCACAAACAAAUUUUCACUGCUCUCUAGGGCUUUACCAUUUUACCCAGAGCUGCAGGACUUGCUGUCUCACUGGGGACAAUGCGGCGUGUGCUCCAUGCCUUUCCUCACUACCUGGCUGGAGUGUGUGCAGUUUAUAAACCUUAAGCAUAUGGGCAUGAAAAGCUCAGAGUUUAUACCAGUGAGAGUUUUACUGUGUUCCUAUGACUGCUUCAACAGAAAUGAUCACAGAUACUACGGGCUUGUGCAGAUGUAACUAACAAAUGUGACCCGGACCACAAAACUAGUCAGCAGUAGCCAAAAAUACAUAUGGGUCAAAAUGAUAGAUUUUUUAAAUGCCAAAAAUAUUAAGUAAAUAUCAUUAUUAAUGAAGAUAUUUUGUAAAUGGGUCAAUUACGUGACGUUAAUUUUUUGUGUCCGUAUAUGGUUCAAUUAAAUUUAAAAGGGUUAAAAUUUCAAAAUAAAUUUGCAGAUUACUUGCAUACAUUUUCUUAUGAGGAUCAAGUCUAAAAUUUCUGGUUUUAUUUCAUUUUGAAAGUAUAUUUGGGGGAUAAUUGCAAAAAUGUCAAUGUGGUGUAACCGGGCCGUGUCAAUUGGUGUAACUAAUAUUUUUUUUAAAUGAAAAUAUAAAUGUAUACAUGAAAAUGUGGAAUAAAAUAUAAUCAUCUAGUUUAGUGUAAUAUGAUUUUUUUACAUACAUUUUUACAUCAUUUGUCAAAGAUUAAUUAGAAAACAGAGCUGUCAGGACAAAUAUUACAAAAUCACAUCAAAAUUUACAUUUAGUAAUAACUUAUAAAUUGUAUUUUCGUGUGAUAUUUUAAAAUGAUUUUUUAUGAUUACGCUUACAUGCCAUCAAGGUGGAUAAAAUAUUUUAUAUUUCUCAUUCUUUGACGCAAUUGGCGGUUACACCAUUUGACAUUUUCAGGUCCAUUCAGCCUUAACUUUUAUAAAAAUGGUGCAAAUGUAAUUUUUCAUUGCAUAAAAUCAACAUAAAUACACUAUGUGCAUUUUGAAAUUAUCAUCUUGCCAAACUUGUUUUUGUCACUGACCCAAAUACCGUAAAUAUAUA